GAGAUAAAAGGUUGCCCGCGUAAAGAAGUCAUUUUUCCCUCCAUAAUCCCUUCUUCCACUCUCCACUCACAACACUGCUGGAAUACAAGUCACUCACAAUCACAAUCACAGAACACUGCCAUACGCUUCAAGCUUCAAGCUUAGGGUUUUCUGUUAUUACGAGAUGUCUAGCCUCAAUGAAGAAAAUAAGAAGAAGAAAGCUAUUGAAAGCAAGAAAAAGAAGCUGAAACGUAAGAAGCCUAUUUGGUGUGAAGAACAAAUUGAUGAUGUGGUUAAAAGUCCUAAGAAAACAACUCUCUCUCAAACUGAGAUGAAAGAUGAAGCAUACAAGAGAAAAACACCUGACAUUAAAUGGGUGCCUCCACAAUCCCCUUUGAAACUUCUUCAAGAGGCUCAUUACCAUGACCCUUGGAAGGUGAUGGUAAUCUGUAUGCUCUUGAACAAGUCUACUGGUUUGAAGGCGAGAUCAGUAAUAUCAGAAUUGUUCCGUAUAUGCCCUGAUGCAAAAGCUUGUACCCGAGCUUCAACAAAUACCCUAGAACAAGUCAUACAUGGCAUUGGUUUUCAAAAACAGAGGGCAGCAAGACUAAAAAGGUUUUCCGAGGAGUACUUGGGUAAACACUGGACACACGUCACUCAACUGCAUGGCAUUGGCAAGUAUGGGGCUGAUGCCUACGCAAUAUUUUGUACUGGAAAAUGGCAGCGAGUGACACCUGCAGAUAACUAUCUAGAUCGUUAUUGGGAAUUCCUCCAUGAUAUUAAGGAUACAUUGUGAAAGACUUGGAGAAGGGAAAUUUCAGACGUUUUGUUACUUGUCUGUUCUGUUACUUUUGUGUAUUUUUUUCCAGUUUAGUUUACUUGAAAACAAUUAAAGUAGGAACUCAAGUAUUGAAAGCUAUAUAUGAUUCUGGAAUUGUCUUCUCUAACUACAAUUUAUGAACAUUAUGCUUUUCGUAUCAAAUACCUAUGAC